GAAGGGCAACAACACGGCACCAUACUGUUCGUAAUCGUAUUGGGAUGUGAACUUAUACCUCGAUUUGUACAGGCUUGCCUUAUUGGCAUCGUAGGAGAAGGUGAAUCAAAUUAUAAGCAAUGGUUUGGUAAUUAUAAACUUAACAACGAAAAUUUGAAGAUACUGAGAUACAUCAUGUUUGGAUUUAAAGUAAUAAAACUCACAUUGUUGUCUAUUGUGCUCUCAAUGGUUGUUCAUGAAGAAAAAUUAGAGCAAGAAAAAUUUUUUUAUACUGUUGUUGUUGUAAACUCUUCUAUGAGUGUUGUAAAUCCUCCU